AUGGACACCCUACUAUCAACUCUCUCCACGAGCGUCUUGAUCACGGCAGCAAUCCUAGCCGUAACAACCUUUCUCACAGCCAUUUAUCUCAUCAGCAAGAAGCUGGCCCUACCAUUUGGCGCACUCCUCCUAGACACAAUUGUUUCGUCGCAUGACAACAAGCCGCCCCCGACUUCAAAGCAAGAACAAGACACUUUGCGCGCACAGAAAACGCUCGCUAGUGUAGUCGCGAUAGUACUGCUCAUUGUCUGUGUUCUUUACGAGCAGAUACAAGCUGGCUCCAACUACCGUCCUCUGGGUUUCAACGAGUUUUGCGGUCUGGCUGCCAAAGGAUGUGUUGAAGGCGUGCUUGUGCUGGCAAUGUUGAGGUCGGUGCUGGAGGGCUACAGGCGACUGAUUUCGAGGAGAUGA